UCUUUUAAUGUUGAUAUUUAGGUAUAGCAUGAAAUUUCUCAGAAGCUGCCUUCUGCUAUUCAUAUACAUUAGACGUUUAUGUAUAUGUGGACACACACAAAAGCAAAAUAACUCGUGAGGGUUUCUGAAAACAAUUAAGCAUGAAGAAAUCUAUAAAUGUUUUGUUCUGUCAUCUUGGGAUUAUUGUCUCCCUUGUUUGUGUAUUCUUGUCAAAUUUAGCGAUGGCAAAAAACUCAAACAACGCUGUAGUGAAAGUAAAGGUGGGUAUGGUUGUGGACUAUGAUCAAUUGGUGGGAAGGAUGGGGCUGAAGUGCAUCAAAAUGGCUCUCUCUGACUUGUACCCCGCUCACGCUCAUGCCCAUGCUCAUCAUGCUCAUGCUCAUGCUCACGCUCGUAAUUACACCACCAAACUGGUGCUUCAUACCAGAAACUCCAACUCUGAUGUCGUUGGUGCUGCUGCUGCAGCCCUGGACCUGAUAAAAAACGAACAAGUCGUAGCCAUUAUGGGCCCGGUAACAUCGAGCGAGGCCAACUUUGUGGUUGAACUUGGAGAACAAGCUCAAGUCCCCAUAAUAUCAUAUUCAGCUACCAGCCCAACUCUGAGCCGAAGCUCCUAUUUUUUUCGAGCCAACGAAAACCAAGUGUCCCAAGUAAAAGCCAUAAGUGCUCUAGUUCAAGCCUUUGGAUGGAAACAAGUCGUGCCAAUUUACUCAUACGGCGAAUAUGGAGAAGGGCUGAUACCCGUUUUGACCGAUGCCUUGCUAGAAGUCAACGCUCGUGUCCCUUACAGAAGUGUUAUUCCUCUCUCAGUGACCGUUGACCAAAUUGGUGAAGAGCUCCGCAAGUUGAUGAAUAUGGAAACUAGAGUGUUUAUUGUUCAUACAAACGACACGUUGUUUGGCACCAAGAUUUUUGCUAAAGCAAGGGAGAUUGGAAUGUUCAAAGAAGGUUAUGUUUGGAUUGUGACAAAUGUGAUGACUAAUUUAUUUAGUAGCAUGGAGUCUUCGGCGGUUCGUUCUAUGAAUGGAGUAUUGGGAAUAAAGACUUAUGUUCCAGAGUCAAAAGGGCUUAAAGAAUUCAGAGCAAGGUGGAAAAGGGAAUUCAAAAACGAAGAAUUGAAUGUUUUUGGAUUAUGGGCUUAUGAUGCUACUAAGGCUCUAACCAUGGCAGCAGAAAAGGUUAUUAGGAAUGAUAAUGGAAGAUUUGGCUUUCACAAGACUAAGAAUAAUAACAAUGUUUCAGUCAACUCAACGGACCUUGACACAUUUGGGGUAUCUUUGAGUGGUCCUAAACUUCGUGAAGCCUUAUUAAAUGUAAGAUUUGAAGGGCUAGCAGGGAAUUUUAGCCUUGCUAAUAGGCAAUUACAGCCCUCAACUUAUCAAAUCAUCAAUGUUGUCAAUGGUAGUGGAGAAAAUGUGAUUGGAUUUUGGACCCCAAAACAUGGCCUAUUAAGGAAUUUGACAUUUAAAUCAACAAGCACAGAAUACAAUACUUCCAAGGAUAAUUUAGAUCUGAUUAUGUGGCCUGGAGGAUCAAAAUCCAUUCCCAAAGGAUGGGAUAUUCCAAUAAAUAAGACGAAAUUAAAAGUGGGUGUUCCAAUGAGAGGUGGUUUCAAAGAGUUCGUUGAUGUCUCACUUAAUAGAAGCAGUAACACCACGAAUGUCACUGGAUUUUGCAUCGAGAUAUUUGAAGCCGUAAUGAAAAGGUUACCCUACAAUAUUGAGUAUGAGCUCAUUCCAUUUGUGAAUUCUUCUUGGAAGAGUAAUGGAACUUAUGAUGAUUUGGUUUAUCAAGUUUAUCUUGGAAAUUUCGAUGUUGCGGUGGGAGACAUAACGAUUAGAGCCAACAGGUCAUUGUACGUUGAUUUUACGUUGCCAUAUACAGAAUCUGGUGUGCAAAUGAUAGUGCCAGUCAAAGACCAAAGGAGCAAGAAUGCUUGGGUUUUUUUGAAGCCUUUGACUUGGGAUCUUUGGGCAACAAGCGCUAGUUUUUUCGUAUUCAUUGGCUUCGUGGUUUGGGUUCUUGAACACCGAAUAAACGAGGACUUCAGAGGUCCCCCAUUGCACCAAAUUGGCACCACCUUCUCGUUCUCCUUCUCAAUCAUGGUCUUUGCAUACAGGGAAAAAGUGAUUAGCAACAUGGCAAGGUUCGUAACAAUCAUAUGGGUGUUUGUGGUACUGAUUCUGACUCAAAGCUACACUGCCAGUCUAACAUCACUUCUAACAGUCCAACAACUCCAACCUACUGUUACCAGCGUUACCCAACUACUACAGAACAAAGACAACGUUGGUUACGUAGAAGGCUCUUUUGUUCAUGGAAUGUUAAUAGACAUAGGAUUUCAUGAUUCUCAGCUUAAGGUUUAUAAGUCUCCAGAAGAACUAGACGAGGCAUUUUCAAAUCACACAACCUCAUCACGUGACCAAGGUAUUGCAGCUGCAUUCGAUGAAAUCCCUUACAUGAAGCUCUUUCUACAAAAAUAUUGCUCCAAAUACACCAUGAUUGAUCCAACAUUCAAAACUGAUGGUUUUGGCUUUGUCUUUCCAAGAGGGUCUCCUCUAGUCCCAGAUGUUUCAAGGGCAAUAUUGAAUGUAACAGAAGGAGAGAUUCUUAAGAACAUUGAGAAAAAAUGGUUUCACACACGAACUGAUUGUCCAGACCCAUACAACGUACAGGUCCUUUCUUCAAACACAAGGAGUCUUGGGCUAGAAAGCUUUUGGGGACUAUUCCUUAUAGCUGGAGUUUCGUCAUUGUUGGCUCUUGCAAUACAUGGUGCUAUGUUUUUCUAUGGUCAAAGGCACGUUAUCUUGAGCUCUAAUCCAAGUACAACCCAACCUCACGAUGUCUCGUCUUCAAUUUGGAAAAGAAUUCGUCUAAUGUUUGAAAUAUUUGACCAAAAGGACUUGACUUCGCAUACCUUUCAAAAGAGCUCACGUGAAGAGCCUACUAUUACUUGUAGAAGAACCAGUCGUAGUAGUACUGUUCAUGUUGAAGUCCCUCUUGAUCAGGAUCCCAUUGCUAACACCACUUCUCACCCGAGCCCCUCAACUAAUUCAAAUCACACACAAUAAUUUCUACUCUCUUUUCCCUCUUGUUCUUAUGUAAAUCGACCACCACUAAUUUUUCUCAACUUCACUUGUACCAAUGGAUCUUGGUUCUCAAAACUUUUUGGAACUUUUUUUUUUUAAUUUUGUUACCUUUUAAGUUAUUUUAGUAACAUAUUUGUUACAAAUUAAAAUGUGGUUGUUUAAUUUUA